AGAAUUUUACUUGAUCCCGACAAUACUUAUAGCCUUUGCAGGCGUCAACUGACUUGAAUCCUGGUUUCCGGCUCCAUCACCGCACCGAGGAACCGACUGCUGAACAAUUUGCACAUUAUCAGACAACUGCAGUGUCGUCAUAUCAACACAGCCGACCAACGGAGCUCUUAUCAACAGACUCGAGUCGCCCAUUCCAGUCGACGUUUGUUUGACGCUGCAGAUCGCCCAACAGCCGGCUGAGUGCAGUCACAAGUUCGGCCAGGCCAGCAGAACUAAGGUGCCGGCUUCUGCAAGACCUGUUGAUGAAAUAUGUGAAACCUCUGCCCGCGGACAAGCACUCACACGGUGUGGCCGAUUCAGCCUCUGCCAUCGCCAAGCAAAUUGGCCAGAUGGCGCAGAAACGGACGGUAUCAUACGCCGAUGUCCUCAGGGGCCACAAAUUGCUAGAGCCUGCCGAGGCAACCCACCAGGCAGAGCCAGCAAAGGUUUGCAAGCAGACCCAAAAUGAUCGCGAUAAGGCAACUCAGGGCAGCGACGCGGCGUUUCCUCCGCUCGGGCAAGCUAAGAAGGACCCGUCCGCGAUAUCCCCCAGCCGCAAGGGUCGGAAAGAUGUACAGCGGCAGCCGUCAAAAACUGCUUUCUCUUACGCUGAAGCUGUGAAGGGAAAGUCAUCAACGGUUGCCCUUAGACCCAAGAGGAUCAGACCAGGCUGGGAAGUCAACACCGAGACGUCGUCGCCUUUUACCAAGUCCACGGCCCCGGAGCCGGGCUUGGCCGCAUCAUUUCCAAGGGCAGAGGCAGGCGAUUCACAUGCAGAGUCCCUGCAGGGUGGCGAUGUGGGUGAUGGUUGCUAUUAUGACGGAAUAUCUUUCCAUCCUGCAGCAAGCGCACGUCGCUUGCGUAUGCGGGACUCUUCAUCUCAGCCACGUGCGGCGAAGAGGCCGAGCAACCGCCAAAUGCACCAUUCGGUCCCAGGGCAACAGUGGGCGGAGGUGCAGAAAGCGGCCCCAAGAUCAAAUGCCAUUCUACCAGCCAUCUAUAACCCGAAGCUGCGGCGCUUCUCUGCCGGAGCCACUGCUUCAUCGCAUUCGUUGCGAGUUCGCUCUGCGCCUCUUCCAGAUGCGUCCUCCGCACCUCCAUCAGCUACGUUCCGCCAAGGGUUACCAGACGAUAAGGUAAUCGAGGAAGCCAUUCAACGGGCGAUCAUCGCCGAGAAUAAGAGAAUUGAAAUGUGCAAUCAGAGAGCCGACCGCACCUUCGCAGCCAUCGCUGCCCAUGACCGGGGCGAGAUCUCACUCUGGGAUAUGCCAUACGAGUGGGACGUUCUGCUCACAUGCGGCGGAAGCUCCUGGUUCGUUCAUCACGACAUCCUGUGCCGCGAGUCGGACUGGUUCAGGGAACGGCUGCCGCCCAAGGACCGAGUAAGUUGACAGACGAACCCCCGAAUGCGAUGCGACGAGACCGCCCUCUCUUUUCCGCACACUAACACACAAGCCAGAACGGCGGAUACGUCACCUUCGACUGCAGCGACCUCCCGCGCGAGCAACUCGCCCACGCCUUAUUCUACUUGUACAACAAGAGUCAGUCCAGUCCAGUCCCCGAACCUGCUUC